CGCCCACCUGCCGUCUUACUUCCCAUGAUCCUCUGCGGGAAGAAUAGGUUCUAUUUUCUGUGUUCCUGAAAAGUACCGGCGUCAUUGCAACGAUAAUUAAUACUUCUACGCCGCUAUCGUCCCUUGUCUUUAAUGGGCCGCUGUUCGGGUUAACGUCAACUACCCCCCCGGCAUUGUCUUUUAAAACCCACCGCCCUUUGGAGGUUGCUGUCGUCCCUGCACCAUGUCGUUCCCACCUCCGCUCAACCGCCAGCCGUUGAGCAUCCCACAGCUCCCCCCCGGGCUCCCGCCGCUGCCCCCCGGCAUUCCGCAGCUGCCCCCCGGCAUCCCGCCGCCCCAGUUCGGAAGCUUCGGCCCGGCUGUCCCACCAGGUACUCCCAUGAUACCAGUUCACAUGGGUGUCAUGACUCCCACUUCCACAGUUCUUGUCCCAACCACAGUCUCUAUUGCACAGAAACCCAUGAUCACAAAGAGAGAGUACAUCGGCAUCCGAACCAGGGAGGCCGAGGACGGCCCCACCACCACCGUGUUUGUGGGCAACAUCUCCGAAAAGGCGUCAGACAUGCUGAUAAGACAGCUGCUGGCCAAAUGUGGCGUUGUUCUCAGCUGGAAGAGAGUCCAAGGUGCCUCUGGGAAACUUCAAGCAUUUGGCUUCUGUGAGUACAAGGAGCCAGAAUCCACACUGCGAGCUCUGCGAUUGCUGCACGAGUUGGUUUUAGGCGACAAGAAACUGCUAGUCAAAGUGGACGCAAAGACCGAGGCCCAGUUAGAAGAGUGGAAGGCCAAGAAGAAGAGUACCAACGGCGGAGCAAGUGGCGAGUCAAAGGAUGAAGACGAGGUUCUGGACGAGGAGACCCUGUAUCGGGACCAAGCCGCAAACGGAGCAAUAGAGGUCCUCAUCAGAGAGUACUCAAGCGAGCUCAACGCAAGCUCGCUGGACUCUGAUGCUCAAUCUCGCAAGAAAAGGAGGGACAGGAAAGAGGAGGAGGACAUCAACGCCAUGGAACUGGAGGACGACAAGAGGGACUUGAUUUCCAGAGAGAUCAGUAAAUUCCGCGACACACACAAGAAAUUGGAGGAAGAGAAAGGAAAGAAAGAGAAGGAGCGGCAGGACCUGGACAUUGUGCGCAAGGAGAAGGACAAAGAGCGGGAGCGCGAAAGGGAGCGCCGCGACCGCGAGAAAGAGAAGGAGCGAGAGCGGGACAAGGAGCGAGAGCGAGACAGAGAGCGGGACCGUGAGAGAGAACGGGAACGCGAGCGAGAGCGGGAACGCGAGCGAGAGCGGGACCGCGAGCGCGAACGGGAGAGGGAGAGGACGAAGGAGCGGGAGAGGGAUAAGAGCCGAGACAUCAGCCAAGGAAGAAGUCACUCGAGAGAGAGGCCAAGGGAGAACAAAAAGCGAGACCGAGACGAGGAUGAGGAGGAAAUGUACGAGCGCAGGAGACUGGAGAGGAGACUCCGAGACAAGGAGGACGCAUACCAGGAGCGACUGAAAAACUGGGAGAUGCGGGAGAGGAAGAAGUCCCGCGACUACAGCAGGGACAGGGAGCGGGAAGAGGAGCGCUGUCGUGAAACGAUAAAAGAAGCCAAAAGACUAAAAGAAUUCCUGGAGGACUAUGACGACGAGCGAGACGAUCCCAAAUACUACAGGGGCAGCUCUCUGCAGAAGCGACUGAGAGACCGAGAAAAGGAAUCAGAAAUGGACGACCGAGACCGAAAGAGGGAAAAGGAGGAGCUGGAGGAGAUUCGACAGAGGCUUCUGGAUGAGGGUCACCCAGACCCUGACGCUGAGCUGCAGAGGUUGGAGGAGGAGGCGGAGCGCAAACGAAGGCCUCCUCCGAAGUUGGAGCCUGAGGUGAAGGUCAAGCAGGAGAAGUCCCACCGGGAUCGGGACAAAAGAGGAUCUGCAAAACCCGUGGAGCCGGCGCCUCGAGAGCGACAGCACCAAGAGCGGCAGCACCAGGAGCGGCAGCACCAGGAGCGGCAGCACCAAGAGCGACAGCACCAAGAGCGACAGCACCAAGAGCGACAGCACCAAGAGCGACAGCACCAAGAGCGACAGCAGCAAGAGCGACAGCAGCAAGAGCGACAGCACCUAGAGCGACAGCACCUAGAGCGACAGCACCAAGAGCGACAUCACCAAGAGCGACAGCACCACUUGGACGAGGAGGUAGUUGAGCGGAGGCAGGAGGAGGAAAUGGUGGUGGAUGAGGAGAUGGAGGAGGAACAGCAUGUCGCCCACAAUGGUGGGGAUUCGCCAGAGACUAAGCUGCUCCUCAAACCCCUCAUGCGACCAAUCAAUACCGCUCCCUCUGUGUCCUCUGCCAGCGGGAAUGCAACCCCAAACACACCUGGCAACGACUCCCCCCACGGCAUCAUCAUUCCAGGCGAGAACACGCCUGAGGUGCAACCUCUCGAGGAGCACCGGCCCAAGAUUGGCCUUAGUCUGAAACUGAAUUCCACCAACAGCCCGAGCCAGCUCAACGCUGUCAAGCGGAAGAAGCUGUCCGCCGGGGAGAGCGUUUUCAACAAGUUUGACGAGGAGGAGGCGGACGAGCAGCCUCGCAAGAGGAAGCUGGUCCCCCUCGACUACGGCGACGACGACAAGAACCUGGGCCUGGACGGGGCGGAUAUCUCGGGGGGCAAGGGCGGCGGCACCGAAGAGAAGCGCAAGAACAUCAGGAGCCUUAUAGAGAAGAUCCCCACCGCCAGGCCGGAGCUUUUCUCUUACCCUCUAGACUGGUCCAUGGUGGAUUCGACUCUGAUGGAUCGACGCAUCAAACCGUGGAUCAAUAAGAAGAUUAUUGAAUACAUCGGGGAAGAGGAAGCCACGCUAGUCGAGUUUGUUUGUUCAAAGGUGAUGGCGCACAGCACUCCUCAGGGUAUUCUUGAUGACGUCGCCAUGGUCCUGGACGAGGAGGCGGAAGUCUUCAUCGUUAAAAUGUGGCGGCUGCUAAUAUACGAAACCGAGGCCAAGAAGAUUGGAUUGGCGAAGUAAAGUGUAGACGUACUCUACGAGCCGCUUUUUCGCUCACAGUCCGGAAAGCUUGCCAACGUUGGGCCUUAGACUCCUUCCACUUUUGUCAGCGAGCAGCCGCCGGUGUGGGCUGGGCAGCGGAGUGUGAUCUGUGAACACUUGUUUGCCACGCCACAUUGCAUGGGGAGACUUACGUUGUAUUUUUGUUGAGGUUCUGAGAGGAAAUUGUAUUUUACCUUCUGUUCUCCAAUCAUUCAGCCACGUUGAAGCCCCGCUCAACUGUGUGACCUAAUAAAUAAGCUUUUUUAAGAAAA